AUGGCGGCAGUAGCAAAGUUCCCCGAUUACCUCAUGCAGGAGGUGAGGAACCUCCUGUCUGUUGUUGCUAGAGAUUUGGUCAUGAAAGAUAGGGCGGAUGGAGAGAAAACCAAAGGACAGGAAAAAAUGAAAGAGAAAGUGUUCCAUGGCUCGCAUGGGUAUGCAUCCAUACUUGACGCUUUGUUGGAAGGCAAGGGGCACUAUGCUUCAAUGUUUGACAGGAGUCCACUCGAGAACAACAGAGAAGGGAAUGAGAACUGUGUGGGUGGCUACCAGCUUGGGUUGAAAGAUUUCUUCUGCUGUGACGAAAGUGCCAACUACGCUGUACACUCCAAGGGCUUUACUAGAGAUCCCAUCGCCAACAAUGGAACUGAACCCAUUACUGGCAGGAAUCUAAGUGACCGCGCAACUGCAAGCCUUGCCUGCUACAAGUUUGCUUUGAAGUUCUAUGAUGAGUAUUGCCCCGGUGGAAAAUUCCCAUCUGGCAAAGGAAUCGAAGACACUCUCUUGUACAUUCGCCAAAAGAUGUAUGUUCAGCUGAAAGGAGGAAAGAAUUCCAAAGGCCUUAGUCGCAGGGCUGAUACCGGCAAGGAGUACACGGAAGAAGGUAUUCCGGCAAAGUACAUGUUCAAUGGGUACUUUGUCUUUGUUCUCUUCGGUCCAGUUGGAUUGUCUGGGGAAACAUUGUCUUGUCUGUCAACAGAUGGCUCAGGUGUUAAAAGGAUGAGCCGUGCUAAGGCUAGACAGAAAGAACAGGUAGCCAGGACAUCUGAAAGGGCAGGGAAUGUCAGUGGUACAGAGAAGUAUCAUCGUGGCUUGCCGGUUAAAGACAAAUUUAACUGUGCAUCUUUGGCUAUGUCUCAGUUGAAGGAACAUAAGCGAAAUGUCAGAGACUUGCUCAUGCACAACAGUGCUGCUGAAGCAAAUCUGUGGACUGGUUUGAAGGAGGUCAAUUGUAUGCUGGACAAAGCAGAGACUAGGAACGACGGCAUGGAAGAGCGAAUGUUGAAGAAAAGAAAGACUGACCUAUUGUCCAAUCUUGACAAACUCUCCAGACGCAAAGUGGAAUUAGAGGCAGAGAGUGACCGGUUGAUCCAAGAAAGCAAGAACUCAACUAACCCGGUGAAUGCAUACUAUGAAGCAGUUGGAGUGUCCAUGUACCGGUCUAUUCCAAAAGCAGUCAAUGUGGUGUCCAAGACCAGCACUACGGAUGACACUUCAUCCAUCACCAAUCAAAACGAUAAGUCGCCUGUGCCAACUGGCGGUCGCACUGCCGUCAUCAUCAGUGCACCUGUUCGCCCUGUUCGCUUGAGCAAUCUUCCAAGCCACUGUUCGCAAAUGAGUCAGGACCACGAUGACGACGAGGAAGAAGAAGACGAAGACGAAGUCGAGGAUGUGACACCGCCACCCAAUCCAUGGCAGAAUGAUGAUCAGUAUCAGGAGCAGCGACCAGCUCCAAUUCAGCGACCAGCUCCAAUUGUUGUGGAUCAAACCUUCACUGGUAUGGCUUCGAGGCUACCACCAGAACAGCGGGCGAUCCUGUUGCAGUUUCGCGAAAAGGAAGCUCGACAGAAGCAGCAACAACAACGCGAAGCCCAGAGGAUGCGUCGUGAAAAGACACUACAGGAAAUUGCCUAUCAAGUUGGAAGAUCAGAGAGGAAUGGUGGUGGAGGAAUGAUGAAUUAUCAGGCUGGUGGGGUCUACGUUGCUUCUGCUCCUAAUCCCCGCGAUGGAUGCUUUGUUGACAAUGCUCAGCAGUAUUUCGAACAAGAAGAAGAACAAGAAGAAGAACCGGAAGAGGUCUAA